CCCUGGCGGAGCGAUGGUGCGCGCCGGGGCGGGGCGGGCGCGGGGCGGAAGCGGCGCCGUGGCGCGGGCAGGGGCGGCAUCAUGGCGGCGCCGGGCCCGCGGCUGCGUGUGGCGGCGGCGCUCAGCCUCCUCCUGCUCCUCCUCGCCGGUGCCCGGGCCCUCGCCCCCAGCCACCGCCUCACGGCCCGCGACCUGGCGCGGCUGCGGGCGGCGCUGGAGCGGCCCUUCGCCGACGUGCGGGCCGCCUACUACUCCAUCGUGGGGCUCGGCAGCCUCGGGGUGCGGGUGGCGGACGAGAAGGCUGCCUGCAAAUUCAUCAAGUCUCACGUGGACUCCAGCAGCAUUGAAUCCCUCUUCUAUGCUGCCCAGUCCAUCCGAGUCCUGUCUGGCUGUGAGGUCACCAUCUCAAAUGAGACCAGGGAGCUGCUGCUUGCAGCUGUCAGUGAGGAUUCCUCCAUCACCCAGAUCUUCCAUGCUGUUGGUGCCCUGAGUGGCUUUGGCCUUCCUUUAGCAUCCCAGGAAGCUCUUAGUGCUCUUACUGCUCGUCUUAGCAAAGAAGAAAAUGUGCUGGCAACCAUCCAGGCUUUGGAGACAGCAUCUUACUUGUCCCAGCAGGCAGAUCUAAGUAGCAUUGUUGAGGAGAUCGAGGAUCUUGUUGCUCGCCUGGAUGACUUGGGUGGAGUUUACCUGCAGUUUGAAGAAGGAAUUGAGACUACUGCCCUGUUUGUUGCUGCUGCCUACAAGCUGUCAGACCACGUGGGUACAGAGCCAGCAAUGAAGGAGGAUCAAAUUAUCCAGUUGAUGAAUGCAAUUUUUAGCAAGAAAAACUUUGAGACACUCUCAGAGGCCUUCAGUGUUGCCUGUGCUGCAGGCUCCUUAUCCCAGAACCGCUUCCACUUGCCUGUCAUUGUUGUCCCCGAGGGGCCUGCGGCUGUGUCUCACCAUCAGCCCAUACUCAGGCUACAAGUGACCAAUGUUAUGUCCCAGCCACUGACUCAAGCUUCUGUAAAGCUCGACCAAGCCAAGUCUGUGUCUAGCAAAGCCACUGUUCUUCAACAGACACCAUUUGUUCUGUCAGGGGAUUUCUUUGAGCUGAACUUCAUGAACGUGAAACCUGCAAGUGGAUAUUAUGACUUCUCUAUCAGUGUAGAUGGAGAUAAGCGAUUUAUUGCUAACAAAGUGGAGCUGAAAGUAAAAGUUUCCACGGAAGUUGGGAUUACUAAUGUAGAUCUUUCUACUGUGGAUAAGGAUCAGAGCAUUGCGCCAAAAACAACCAGGGUAGCUUACCCAGCCAAAGCCAAGGGUUCCUUCACUGCUGACAGCCAUCAGAAUUUUGCUUUAUCCUUCCAGCUGAUAGACGUGAACAGUGGAGCUGAACUCAUCCCUCACCAGACUUUUGUCCGACUUCACAACCAGAAGACUGGCCAGGAGGUGGUGUUUGUUGCAGAACCAGAUAACAAGAACGUGUACAAAUUUGAACUGGAUACCUCUGAAAGAAAGACUGAAUUUGACUCUGCCUCUGGUACCUACACUCUUUACUUGAUCAUUGGAGAUGCCACUCUGGAAAAUCCAAUCCUCUGGAAUGUGGCUGAUGUUGUGAUCACAUUCCCAGAAGAGGAUGCCCCAUCCACAGUUCAGUCCAAGAACCUCUUUGUUCCCAAACCUGAAAUCCAGCACCUCUUCAGGGAACCUGAGAAGCGGCCUCCCACGGUGGUCUCCAACACUUUCACAGCGUUGGUUCUUUCCCCGCUGCUUUUGCUGCUCAUCCUGUGGAUCAAGAUAGGUGCCAACAUCUCCAACUUCAGCUUUGCUCCCAGCACCAUUGUUUUUCACAUGGGACAUGCUGCAAUGUUGGGGCUCAUGUAUGUCUACUGGACUCAGCUCAACAUGUUCCAGACGCUGAAGUACUUGGCCAUUUUGGGUGGCAUCACAUUCCUGGCAGGCAACAGGAUGCUGGCUCAGAAAGCUGUGAAGAGGAUCGCUGCAGAGCAGAGCAGUAGGUUGGCAAAGUAUAGAACGCUGCGGUAAAAGGGGGUUUGCUAGUGACCAGCUCUUCAGGAAGACACAGUAGUACCAGAAGAAUGGAAGAAAUGUGGAAAAACAAAGCAAAUGCCUUCAGAACAGAAGUGAAUAAAUAACUGAAAGACCAAAAGAAGGAAGGCAGAAGAUGAUUUUUUUUAAUAUAUAUAUAUAUUGAGUCAAAAGGGUGCCAGUUAAACUUUUUUAAAUAUCUUGAUUUUCAUCAUUGUGUUCCUGCUACUGGAGUGCUCUUCAUAUGAAUCUGGAAAAUCUUUUUUUCCCCUGGAUCCUCCCCCUUUUUUUCUCCCAGGACAUUUGAAUUUCCUUUCGAGAAAGAGGAAGAAGAAAAUACAGUUCUGCCUUUCCCCAGAUACCCUUUCCUCAUCCUAAAGAUUUGUGAAUAAAGAGGAAGGAAUGGUCCUGAA